AUGACGCUGCGCUGGAGCUUCGACAACGGCACCACGUGGUGGGGGCGUGGCCUGCGCGUGUGGGAGGGGCCGAGCGGGUACUCGGUGCUGGCGGCCCCGCCCCCCGAGGAGGAAGGCCCCGCCCCCCUGGUGUACCUGAUCUACGAGAAGGGGCGGAGCCUCUCCACCGAGAGCGUCUCAUUGGCCACCAUCAGCCUGGCGGGCGAUGAGGGUUUGGGGGGUUUGGGGGGCUUCGAGCACCCCUCCGAAGUCCAGCACGAGUGCAUCCCCCAGGCCAUCCUGGGCAUGGACGUGCUGUGCCAGGCCAAGUCGGGCAUGGGCAAGACAGCCGUGUUCGUGCUGGCCACGCUGCAGCAGCUGGAGCCCGUCACCGGCCAGUGCCCAGUGAGGAUUUUGGGGUGCCCAGUGAGGAUUUGGGGGUGCCCGGGGGGGUUUGGGGUGCCCAGGCGGGGGCUCAGCACCUUCAUCCCCCAGCCCAUGGAGAUCUUCGUGGACGACGAGACGAAGCUGACGCUGCACGGGCUGCAGCAGUACUACGUCAAGCUGAAGGACAACGAGAAGAACAGGAAGCUCUUCGACCUCCUUGACGUGCUCGAGUUCAACCAGGUGGUGAUCUUCGUCAAGUCGGUGCAGCGCUGCAUCGCCCUGGCGCAGCUGCUGGUGGAGCAGAACUUCCCGGCCAUCGCCAUCCACCGGGGCAUGCCGCAGGAGGAGAGGCUGUCCCGGUACCAGCAGUUCAAGGACUUCCAGCGCCGCAUCCUGGUGGCCACCAACCUGUUCGGCCGCGGGAUGGACAUCGAGAGGGUCAACAUCGCCUUCAACUACGACAUGCCCGAGGACUCGGACACCUACCUGCACCGGGUGGGGCUCCGGGGGGGGGGCGUUUAUAGGGAUCUUUGGGGGUCUGAGGGGGUCAACAUCACCUUCAACCAUGACAUGCCCGAGGACUCGGACACCGACCUGCACCGGGCGAAAGGGGCGUGGUUUCGCUUCCCGCCCUUCGCUGCUGCAUUGAAAGCAAUGGAUGCCCAUAAAAGGCAAAAGGGGCGUGGUUUAUGCCGGGGGGCGUGGUUUCGCUUCCCGCCCUUCGCUGCUGCAUUGAAAGCAAUGGAUGCCCAUAAAAGGCAAAAGGGGCGUGGUUUGCGCGGAGGCGCCGUGGCUCCGCCCCCCGCGCUCCGCUGCUGCCAUUGGCGCAGGGGGUGGGCGGGGCCCGGGGUGGGCGGGGCCUGGUGCGCGCUAUAA